UCGAGCCAAUUAGUUUUUAGCUCAACUAACUCCUCUCCCGUAGCGGGCUCCUCCGAGGCGCAUGCGCGGGGCGGAGCCCGCGCCUUUGAAUCUCAAGGCGGCUUUUGGGCUCCAGAGGCUGUGUGCUUUCAGAGGUUCUCUAGGGUGAAGAGAUGAACGUCAUUCCAUCUGUCCCGAUAGAUGUUUCCCACUUGAAGCUAAAACCUGAGAAUCUGCCCGAGAGCAUGUGCUGCCGAAUGGGGCAUCCAGUCUGCCUCUAAAUGAGUAUCUUACACUUUUACACAGCCUAGGCCUACUGUAGGCCAGUCAUCUGCUUUCGUUGCCAAAGCCUGAACGUGAAUACAGCGAUGGCAACUCAAAGGGUUACUAGAAACUCCCAGCAAGGAAACAGAAUUUCUCAAGGCAGUAAUAGCCGUCAAACCAGUCUCUUAGACUGGAAGGUGAAAGACAAAUCAGGCAACUUCAGGAGUGUCUUGAAAGAAAGCAGUUCAGUGGGAGAUUCUACAUGCGCUGAUGAUCGAACUGAAGAUGCUCUGCAGGUAGCAGUAGGAUACUUCCAGAAAGGUCCUAAGAAAGCGUCACUGAGUAAAGACAAGGUCUUGGAAAAACACUUGAAAACUGUUGAAAAUGUUGCUUUGAGCAAUGGCUUAGCUCCAGAGGCAAUUGAUAUCUUACUGAAUGUGGCACUCAGUGGCAAGUUUGGGAAUGCUGUAAACUCACGGAUAUUGAAGUGCAUGAUUCCAGAAAGUCACAUAUCAGAAGACUCUGUGGUUAAAGCCGUAUCCUGGCUCUGUGUUGACAAGUGUUCUGGUAAUACCAAGGUACUUUUUUAUCGUUGGCUGGUUGCGAUGUUUGACUUUAUUGAUCAUAAGAAGCAAAUUAGUUCUCUGUAUGGCUUCUUUUUUGCUUCAUUGCAAGAUGAUACUCUGUGCCCGUAUGUUUGCCAUUUGUUAUAUUUACUGACCAAAAGGGAGAAUGUCAAACCAUUUCGUGUGAGAAAAUUGCUUGAUCUCCAGGCCAAAAUGGGAAUGCAGCCCCACCUCCAGGCUUUGUUGUCACUGUAUAAGUUCUUCGCUCCUACUUUGAUUUCUGUAUCUUUGCCUGUAAGGAAGAAGAUCUUUUUCAGUAAUUCAAAAAAUCUGUGGACUUCAGCUUCCCUUGCUGUGAGGCUAAGGAACCAGGGAGCUUUCCCAAAACCUCUAAACCUUCCAUUAGGUCCAACUACGGGCCGUUCUCUAAAGAGGAAGUGGAAUUCUCACUCAGUUAUACCAGCACUACAUUCUGCUAACAAAGAAUAUGGAGAGAAGACGACAAGCCUGUAUGACUAUCUCAGCAAUGAUCGAUCACUUCCACUAGAACAGCUCCAACGUCUCCCUCAGCUUUUAGAGAGCAUUCAUUGUUUGGAGCUCCCUUCUCAGAUGUGCUCAGUGCUAAACAGCCCUCUGCUACUUCACUAUAUUAACUGUGUCAAAGAUGAGUCAAUCUUACUGAGGAUCUCUUAUUGGUUGAGUCAAGCAUUACAAGAAGAAUGUGUGUGGUAUAAUAUAAAUAAUUAUGAACAAGAAGAGGAAUUUAUAAACCUUCUGGACAUGGUCAUCAGGGUACAGUGCUUCUUACAAGAGGGAUUUUACUCCUGUGAGGCAUUCCUGUAUAAAAGCCUGCCUCUCUGGGAUGGCUUCUCUUGUCGGUCACAGUACCUUCAGCUUCUGGCCUGGAUUCCAUUCAGUAGCUUCUCUGAGGUGAAGCCACUUCUUUCUGAUCAUCUAGCACCUCUCUUCUUUACAUCAAGUAUUUAUUUCAAGUGUAGUGUUCUUCAAAGUCUGCAAGAAUUACUGCAGAAUUGGCUGUUGUGGCUCUCUACGGAUGCACAUGUGCAGCCCACGACAGACAGUCCUCUGGAGACAACUCUGGGUGGAUCCAUGAGUUCUGUGUCUCAAUUGAUUGAGUACACAGGUUGGCUGUCCGUGGUUGCAAUGCGCUUGGAGAGCAGCAGUACAUUGUUGUUGCACUUUAUUUUGGACUUCUAUGAGAAGGUGUGUGACAUAUAUAUAAAUUAUGACCUUCCGAUAGUGGUAUUGUUUCCUCCUGUGAUCUUCCAUUCUGCACUCCUAAGCCUGGAUGCCACCAUCUUGAACCAACUCUGUUACAUUAUGUACAGGUAUCGCAAUAAUUGGACAGCUGCGAAGAAAAACCGCUAUUUACAGAAGGCAAAAUCAGAGUUCAGUCUCAGCAGCAAGAUCUGUAAAGAAUAUAAUUACUAUUUGACAGCUAUGGUUUGUUGUCUAUGGACGUCCAGACCAUUUAAAGCAGGAGUGUACACUGACCCCCAAACCAUAGAAAAUACUGGAGGAACACAGUAUAAAAGCGCCUUAAAUAUUGUCUACCAUCCUUCUCUACUGAGCUAUGCAGCUUCCUUCUUGCUACAGGAGAGCCCAGAAGAAAUGACGGAACACCUGAGCUCUAUUCAGGGGAAGAAAUGGAACUGGUAUUUGGACUAUUUAUAUUCAGAGGGUUUUCAGGGCUUAAAACUUUUCAUAAAAAGCAGUGUCCAUAGUUCUGUACCCGAACCAGAGGAAAACACAGAGUGAAAAUUGGCAUAAACAAACGCCAUGCUGGACUACAUUUCUCACUGCUAGAGAGGCUAAGUAGCUCAGCAUGAGUUUCCAUUUCGCAAGCCGACUGCCAUUUUUAAGGAGCACUAAGCCUUCUGUCCAUAGCUCAGGAGAGCCUUGGGGUUGACUAACUUAAUUUUAGUAUUCAGAUUUUAAGGUUACCAAUGAAAAACAACCCUUUCUCAUCCAGUUCUGCCUUCACUGAGAUAGACAUGAAGAGACACAUCUGCUUUCUCGUAGGCAAUUUGCUUUGCAUUUUCGUCUGCUGUGUUAGUGGAAAAGAACAAGUAAUAUAAAUGAAGUUACUCCUCAGACAUACUUAUGCAGAAUCCUCUGCAGUCUCUGAAAUCCUGGGGAUAUUUUGCUUUUCUAAGAUACUAAUAAUAGAAUGCAGCACAUGUGACUCUUGACAGUCCCAGGAAGCUGAUGCUUCCCUGGGCCUGUAGUGGCAGUAAGUUUAUGAGGGAAGGGAGGGAAAAAGAUAAAGAAGUUCUAUUUUAUUGGUUUGAUUUCUUGAAAGCACUAUAUUUGAAUGUUUAUGUGUAUGUAUGUAUCUAUGUAUAUAUUCAGAUUUUAAAUUGCUGGGCCUAAAUAAACAUCUUCAGCUUCAGG